CGGGCCCUCGGGGAGAUCGGGCCGCGCUCGGGGCUCGCCGGGAAGCGGCGGGCACCGCCGCGGGGUCCGCCGGGCCCGGGGCGCCGCUGUCCAACGGCUCUGAGCCGCGGCUGAGCCAUUCGGGUUCGCAGGCCGCGGGGGUCCUUACAGGUUGUCCGUGCGGCCUGCGAGUCUGCGGCCCCUCAGCCGAGGCCAGAGUGUGACCACGGGGGUGACCCGGCACCGCUGUUCCCUCCCUGCUGCCCGUCUCAGGUGCAGCCCGGCCACUCUCGGAGCUGAGCCCCCGGGCAGUGGCACUCGGGGUGUUCGUGGCUUCCCAGCCCUGCCUGGGGCCGGCGGUGGGGAGGCGGCUCUGUCAGCUCGAGCAGGGCCCCGGCAGCCUGCGGAAGGGCUGUGUGAGGCGUUGCCUUGGUGGAACCGGGCUGGGGGUGGGAGCUCUGGAGGGGGGUGAUGCAGGCACAGCUGGCAGAGCCCAGCAGGAAGAGUGUAGUAUUGACAGACGGGCAAAAUGAGGUUGCAGGUGUCUGAAAAAGAAGAGAGCAGAGGUGACAGAAGGAUUUUGCUUCCUCUGAACAGCUGGACUGUGUUUUAUUAUAACCUGAUCUGAGCCUGUGUCUCUGGUGCUGUCACUUGGAUCAGAGAUUUUUGUAGAAUUAGAUUGGAUAUUGGGAAGGAGUUCUUGGCUGUAAGGGUGGUUGAAGCCCUGGCACAGGUUGCCCAAAGAAGCUGUGGCUGCCCCAUCCCUGAAGUUAUUCAGGCCACAUUGCACGGGGCUUGGAGCAAGCUGGUGUAGUAGACGGUGUGCCCAUGGCAGCGGGUGGAACAGGAUUGUUGGAAACGAUACAACUUAUAAGUUUUUAAACUAGCUUUUUUUUUUUUAAUCAGGGGUUUUGUUCAUCUUUGCCCAGGAAGGAAAUGGAAGUUUCUUUUCAAGAGACUGUUCCCUGGGCAAGACCUGAUGAGCUUAACAUCUCGAGGGACUGGGAGCCACCAGAGGAUGCACAAGAGAUGUUGCUGCUGAGUCUUUGCUUGUGCUCCCAAAGAGACCCUGGACUGCUAUGUGGGGCAGGGACAGUCUUGGUGCAGGACCUGGGAGAGCAUUGGAGAGCAUUGGAGUCUUGGGAGAGCAUUGCAGAAGCCUCAGCAACUGCCUCUGCUUGCCCAAGAAUUCAAAAGCAAAGCUGAAGAGGUUUCCAGUUGGAUCUGCAGGAGAAGACCUGAACUCCACUGGGACACUGGGCUGCAGGGGCAAAUGCCUAGAGAAUUACUGCAGUGCCUCUGUGUUGCUCCAUCCUUUGUUCCAUGUGUCCCUUGGAGUGGUGCACCAAGCUCCAUCAGCAUUCCUGCUUCUAAGUGUGGGGGAGAGUGGAUCCAUGAUGGUGGUAGGACUUCAGGCCCUUGGAGGUACCAGGUUUCAUCCCAGUAUCUUAAUGGGCUUUGGAACAGAGAUCAAGGCAAGUCAUGGAGCAGGAAGGAUCCCAGAAGAAUCCUGCGUUCGUCAGCUGUUUGGAGCAGGAUAUUCUGAGUCUUCUUCACAAGUAAAACCUCAGCCGUGAAUCUCACUGUCUCAACUGACUCUCAUUCUGGGAGUUUGGCCCCUUAGCAGGAGCUGGGAUGAAAGCAAGCAAUCCAUGGAGAAAGAGCUUCAGAGAAGAGAACAGAUGUGCCCAAGCUGGGGACUGGGCUGUGAUGGCUGCAGAGAAUCCAUGGGCUGUAUGGAGCCUGCCUGCCUGCCGUGGGAAGGGGCAGCUGGGACAAUGACAGAGCAGAGUCAGGAGGAUGCUAGUGCUACACUGCUGGAAUCAAAUAACCAUCUUUGUCAGCUUUGCUUUGCUAACAUAGUCAUCAGCUCCUAAAGUUCACUGUGGGCAUCAGUGGCCAAUUCCCAUGUCCAUGAAGAACUGAAUACAAUUUUAGCUGUCACUAGUAUUUGAGAAGCUGUGAUGUAGCAGAACUGGUUCCCCAAAGACUUGUUGCAAGGGAUGCUCAAGGACAUAAGAGGAGCCCCAGAUCUGGGAUUGCACCGUGCUCCACCCUCUGCUCAGCACAUUUAUGCACCAAUGGCCUUUAGAGUCCCACGGAGGAAGCCCCCAUGUCCGGUUUUCGGCUGUUUGAAGGGCCUGGAAAGGCCCGGAGUGGCCUUGGGGCAGCCCGCGUAUCAAAGGACGAGAAGAGGCUUCAGUUCUUCUUUCAGUCUUUAUGUUUAUUAAUUGUUUAUCUAAAAGAUUUUCUUUCGGCCCGACAGAGGUCUGCUCAGCAGCCAGCCAUGAGCACACUCUCCUGCCCUCCGGACAGUCACCUAUCUUUAUACCCAUAGUUACGUGUACAAUAUUUAUCAUUUUUCCCCAAUCCUUUUCAUUCUUAUUGUCCGGUGCACUUUCAGUAAUGACCAAUCCCAAAGUGCCACCAUCACCACAGAAGAUGGAGGAGAAGAAGAAGAAGAAGAAGAAGGACAGGACACGCCCCAAUUCCUCCAUCUUACUUCUCUAAACCCCCCUGUACAGAAAUCCUAAACCCUGUGUCUCACCCUCUAAUUAACCAAUCCCUUCACCAUUCACCCCGGUGAAAUCCUCCUAUCCUCAUACAGGUGUCGUCUCCCGUGUAGGAUCAAAGUCCAGCCACCAGACACUUCUGGCAACAUUCCAGGACUCCCGAGCCCCCCAAGGGUGGUCUCGGUGACUCGGCACCUCAGUCCUGAGGUGCUGAGAUCCCACACCCCCAGUGCAAGUGGGACCCAGCAUGGCUGGGUGGGCACAUGGGUGGUCAGCCUGACUCUCAGACUUUCCCCGCUCUAGUUGCUAUGGCAGAGGUGAGAUCUCCUGUUUGUCCAUGAUGCAGAUGUUCUGGGAAACAAGGGCGUGACAACCAUGGUUGACCUUCAUCCACUGCUGUGACUUCUAGGCAAGAGGUCCACCUACUGAUCUUCCAAAUUACCAAUUCUACGUUUUCUGCAGAACCCUUAGUUCACGAGAAAUGAAAUGACAGGUCAUAUCCUGUUCUGUGUCCACCCAUGGUAUCUGAUGGUAUCGUACCCUAUGCCGUGUCAGGACACUGCUGUCAUCAGGGCUCUGGACGGUUUCCUCUGCAAGGCUGUGUGGUAUCCUUGACACUGCACUUUUUCCAUUGUGUCAUGGAUUUCAGCAAUGUUUCCAUCCUUGGUUGCUGUCUGCCUAUAUAAAGAGGGCAGAACCCAGGGAUCCCACACCAGGAACAGUGAGGGACACUCUGCGACAGUCCAGCCUCACUCCUACAAUUCACCUCUACCCAAGAGGACCAUGAAGACCUUCACAGCAGCCCUUUCUGUACUUUUUGUGGUUGUCUUCUGCCACCAGGCCACCUCCUCUCCAAUUUCUCUCCACUCUGGUCCCUGCUGUGUUGAGUACAACCCCGGACCAUUGCCCUUGAGCCGUGUGAAGAAUUAUGUGCCCACGGGCAGCCACUGCUCCCAGCCAGCUGUGAUAUUUACCACCAUCAAGAACAAGCUGGUCUGUGCCAACCCUAAUGACAAGUGGGUCAAGGACAUAAUGAAUCAAUUAAAGGACAAUAAGCACAGUGGAUAAGCAAUAUCCUGCUCUCUCCAAGCACCACUUCUGCAGGAAUGUGCUCUCAUGGACACCUCCAAGACAUAAUCUAUUUUCUCAUUGCCUGGGAAUUUGGCAGGGUAUUCAACUCAGUGUUUAGCUCUUUUAUGGAAGGCUGUGCAAUGCUGGUCUUAAUUUAUUUGACAUAUUCAGUGAAACUUUUCAUUCUCCAUUGUACUGAAGGUGUUGAAGUUAUUUUUGUAUAAUAAAAAGGAGCAAAAC